AUGGCUUCAGAAGUGGCUUUCGUUGAGAAAUUUGUGGGUGCAUCAUUUUCAUCCUCCACGGCGUUUGAGAUGACCCUAAAUGAAUACAUAAAGGAUAACUUUGUGAUAUUUGCGCGUUCAUCUACAGGCGCCCUCCAAGACCAACGAAAAGCCUUGGAAUCCGAAGAAUCUAGUAAGCCGAGCGUAUUUUCUGAUAAAAAAUAUGCGAAGCACCAGCUGUCUAGUGCGGUUUUGUAUCAGGAGGCAAAGGAACCAACUGACAGACUUCAACGGCCAAAUGAACACUCCUCACGAAGAAGAAAAUGCGCCUCCCAGAAGGACAUAUGUACACUUGAAAACGACCAAUAUAUCUCAACAUUCAAUGACGUCCAUUUUGAGCCUUUUUUCCGUUACAGAUGGAUGGGUGCGCUAGUUAUUUAG